GAAGAAAUGUGGUAUUUGGUAAGAGAAAUUAAGGCAAUCCAUUUGGGUAACUCCAAUUAGGUCAAAGGACAAUUUUAAUAUAAGCUGAGAGUCACAAUGUUCAUAUGAUAGUGUUUUGUCUUCAGUUUAAAAAAUCUAACAAUUCAAGUGGAGGAUAUGGCUCUAUAGUACUGUAUAUCCAGCACAAGACAGCUUUGGGUUUGAUCGUUAGAAUCACAAAAACAAAACAAAACAAAGUCAAAAAAAUUCAAGUAUUAUAAUUCCGUAAUAGUUCGUAGAAGCUUCUGUGUUUUCCCAACAGACCUUUCCGCAGUAACCAGGUUCAGUGCCUGGGUUUUGGCUUUUUUAAAUUCUAAAGCCUACCAAACGAGGCAAAGAGUAGCCACUCAGUAGAAUUACAAUGAAUGAUUAAAAAUAAAUUUCCAAGUUUCUUCACAUUCACUCAUUUACUAAAUACUUAGAUCAUAAACAUGCCCACUGCACUAUGGAAACAACAGAUUUAAUUCAAGAAUAAUAAUACUACUAUGACAACGAAAAAAAAAUGAAUAGAGUGACUUCUUCCAAAGAAUAGACUCCUCUGGAUUUCCGAAAAUUAUGGGAGGUGACCCAGACACCAGUUACCACCCUUUGCCCCAGCACUUCCCCAUCGACAGACUCAGUUGCUUCUACUUUUGUCUGAGGCGCAGAACCUGAGCGAGGGCGCUUGGGAGAAAUCUCGUCCAGCGGCGGUAGAUUAGACAGGCCUCAAAAAGAUGGCGUCCUCGGAGCAAGCAGAGCAGCCGAAACAGCCGAGCUCUACUCCAGGAAGUGAAAAUGUGGUGCCCAGAGAGCCGUUGAUUGCCACAGCAGUGAAGUUUCUACAGAAUUCCCGGGUCCGCCAGAGCCCACUUGCGACCAGGAGAGCGUUCCUUAAGAAGAAAGGGCUGACAGAUGAAGAGAUUGACCUGGCUUUCCAGCAGUCGGGCACUGCUGCCGAAGAGCCUGCAUCCUUGGGCCCGGCCGCACAGGUGGUUCCUCUGCAGCCCCCCCACCUCGUUUCGCAGUCAUGCAAUAGAGCUGAGUGGGUGAGGCCGGGGCACCUGUGCCCAAGGGUCUCGCUCAUCAGUGCCUUGCCUAAGAAGCCCACAGACCCCCCAGGUUCCCGGUGGCGAGAUUACGGUGCCUUGGCCAUCAUCUUGGCUGGAAUUGCAUUCGGCUUUCACCAGCUGUACAAGAAGUACCUGCUGCCCCUCAUCCUGGGUGGCCGCGAGGACAGGAAGCAGCUGGAGAGGAUGGCGGCGAGUCUCUCCGAGCUGAGUGGCAGUGUGGCCCAGACAGUGACCCAGGUGCAGACGACACUGGCUUCCGUCCAGGAGCUGCUGAGGCAACAGCAGCAGAAAGUCCAAGAGCUGGCCCAUGAGCUGGCCACCGCCAAGGCCACCACAUCUACCAACUGGAUCCUGGAAUCCCAGAAUGUUAGUGAACUCAAGGCGGAAAUCAACUCCCUGAAAGGGCUGCUUUUGAAUCGGAGGCAGUUCCCACCAUCACCGUCGGCCCCGAAGAUCCCCUCCUGGCAGAUCCCCGUCAAGUCACCGUCACCUUCUAGCCCUGCAGCCGCCAACCACCACAGCAGCAGUGACAUCUCCCCUGUGAGCAACGAGUCCACGUCACCCUCGCCAGGGAAGGAGAGCCACAGCCCUGCGGGCUCCACAGCCACCUACCAUCUGCUGGGCCCGCAGGAGGAGGCCGAGGGUGCGGUGGACGUGAAGGGCCAAGUGCGCAUGGAGGUGCAGGGCGAGGAGGAGCAGCGGGAGGAGGAGGAGGAGGAGGAGGAGGACGACGUGGGCCGCGCAGACGAAGAGGAUGUGCUGGGUGUGCAGCGGGAGGACCGCCGGGGUGGGGACGGGCAGAUCAAUGAGCAGGUAGAGAAGCUGCGGAGGCCUGAGGGUGCCAGCAACGAGAGCGAGCGUGACUAGGGCUUCCUGGGUGGCGCUUGGCACCAACGCUGCCCUCUGCCUGCUCUAGGACGGCGGCCAGAGCUGCACCAAGUGGGCUUGGUGUGUGCCCAGCAGCCUGUCACCUCACCUGGUAGCCC